AUAAGAGUCGCCUUUUUCAUGUGGGUCCGUUCGUCAAAGUUACUGAUCAGUUGUGGAUCAGACCAUAGGAAAGAACUGAUUAUGCUGAAAUAGCAAUACCUUAAAGUGUUUAUAAAAAUGGCAUCUAAAGAUUUGUCAGAAAAGUUUGUAAACUUAGAGGAGAAAGUACUGAAACCAGAGUUUCCUUCAACCUGCAUGUGCAGGAAGCAGUGUAACAAUUGUAAAAUCUUCCUGGGAUUCUUCGUAUUAUCCCUUUCUUUGCAUCUUAUCACACUGUUCUGCUAUUUGGACCUCAGAUCUGAAGUGAAACGCGAGAUUUUACAGAAAAACAGAGAUGAAAUUCAAACGCCGGGUGCAGCUGGUAUUAGUGAACUGAUUUCUCCCGAAUUCCAGAUUUUGGACAUCAGCUACCCUGCAAUGGACCAGGAGGAGAGGUCACCUUUAAUUAACACUAAAGAGGACUGGCGCCUCACAGAAGAAAGUGACAGGGUUAUCCAUCGGACCAAAAGAAGCCAGAAUAAACGACCCGAGUCAGAAUCAAAUGGAAAAAGAAAAGAAAGGAAAAAAGGGAAGAAGGGGCCUCCUGGUGCACCAGGACCCCCAGGACCCCCAGGGCCUCAAGGACCACCUGGAAUUCCUGGAAUACCUGGGAUCCCAGGCAGUAAUGCCAUGGGCCCCUCAGGGCCACCUGGUCCCCCUGGCCCUCAAGGACCCCCAGGGCCACAGGGCCCCCCUGGGCCUCAAGGACCAGCAGGUGCUCCUACAACUGGAGGCAUGGAUAAAGUACGAGCCAGAGAUGUUCAGCCGGCUGUAGUACACUUGCAAGGCCAGGAAACAACAAUACAAGUCAAGGAAGAUCUUUCAGAAGGCGUCCUCAAAAACUGGAAAAUGAUAACCAUACACCACAAGGUGUUCAAGAUGCACUCACGCUCUGGAGAGCUGGAGGUGCUGGUGGAUGGCACCUACUUCAUCUAUAGUCAGGUAGAAGUUUACUACCUCAACUUCACUGACAUUGCCAGUUAUGAGGUGAUGGUGGACAAAACGCCGUUCCUGCGCUGCACACGCAGCAUCGAGACCGGCCAGCGCAAGUUCAACACCUGCUUCACCGCUGGCGUCUGCCUGCUGCGGGCCCGGCAGAAGAUCUCCAUCAGGAUGGUGUACGAGGACACCUCCAUCAGCAUGACCAACCAUACCACCUUCCUCGGGAGCAUCCGGCUCGGCGAGGCCCCGCCCACUGGCCACUCCUGAAUCCCCUCCCCGUCCCCCCAGCAACUGCAUCAUCACCCCAUCCUUCUGCUUUGCUGUUGGCCCACAAAUGACUUAACCCUUGAGAGGUCUCUUCUUUUUCACUAAACAUGAGCAAUUAAACAGAAACCCUGGCCAGCCACUUCAAUCAAAGAGUUCUCUGUUGGUAUACUACUCCUUUUUUGUGGCAAUAAGGGAUCAAUGCAGUGGAUGCUGUAUUUGUCGGCCUAUACAUCUGCAUGUCAACCAGUAUCUUCAUUUUCCUUGCCAGUUAUACAAAUUUGCACCCUAGCCACAUACUCUGCAGAAACAAAAGAAGGACAAAAAACUACCUAAACUUCGAGGUAGAGAGAGGAACACCUCCUGAUAGCAUUCAUUCUGUGUUAUUUAAAGACUGCAUUCUACAACAUGUCUAUUUAGAGGCAAACUAGUCUCCACCACCAUAGCAGUUGCUGGAGAAACCAAGGCUUGACAGGUGCUGUUCACAUUCUUCUCAUGGCACUGCUAUUGCAUACUGUCAUGUUAUGUCACAAAGUUCCUGUUCAGAAACAAGUACAAGGAGGAAAUUUGCUUUGACUGAACUGUUUGCAUAAAUAGCAACAGCCGAAGUCCAGCAGAAAUUUCUGGUGAAGUACUGAACCAGAAAUAAUUUUACUAGUUAAAUAUGAAGAAACUAUUGUAAGUUGCUAUACAUAUCAGCCAAAUGCUCAGCGUAACAUCCCACUAUUAACAGGAAAGAAAUACAGUAAAGAAAUACUCUUUCCCUUUUAAAUAAUAAGUACAAGUAUUUAUUGAAAUAGGUCAAGGUCAGUAAAGAUGGUUUCUGAACCAUCUUUACUGACCUUUAGCGCUGAAAUGAAGUUUACUGCACAACAAUGAACAUGUCCUGUCUACACCUACCAGAACAAUAGGGUGUACAGAAACUUACAAGAAAACAUUGUGAACAGUACUGUGUAUGGAUACUGUGUUGCUCUAAUUAUUGCAUUAUAUCUGCAUUAUACACGCAUCUAGAGUGACUUAGUUGGGUUACACAUCAUCCAUUUAUACUGCUGGAUAUUUACUGAGGCAAUUCAGGUUACGUACAUUGCUUACCGGUACAACAGCAGUGUCCCACUUGGAAAUUGAAUCUGUAACCGUUAUCUGUAAUCUGUUACAGCCACACCUCCUAACAUGAGAUUUACAAUACAGCGCCAACCCCCUCACUUUGGUUUUCUAACCACUACGCCUCAUGCAGCUCUAAUAACACCUCUAUGUCCGAUAAGUGUCCAGUGGUUUAAAUCGAAAAUAUGUGGUGAAAAAUAUUCUUUUUUUGUAACAGCAUACAAUAUUACCAUGUGUAGAAGAAUGACAAUUCCUUUGUUCUGGAUGUCAGUCUGUGUUUUUCGGUUUUAUUUUGUUUUGUUCUGUUACUUUAUAUCAUGCUCUGCUGGAAUGAUUUGGUUUAUGUGAAGAAAAAUGUUUGUGUCAUUAAUUUACAGCUGAACCAGUGACUAACUACUACUGAUCAGGAAAUAUGAAAAGGGCCCUUGAACAUUCAGUUUCCCUCCCAUUUACCCCUGAUAGAUAGGCAGCUGGAAGCCAUUUUUAAAUAGACCAUUUUCACAACAGUCUUUCUCAUAAUUUGACCAUUUCAAAGUCAUUAUUUUAAACAAAAUUCAUUUUAGAAGCCAAGUAUUGUUGCAGGUUGCCAACACUCUUUCAACCACAUUUGCAAACAUAUCAUGCACUGCUUAUGUGUUAAAUACUGUUUGAACAAAUCAUCCACAAAUUACCUAACAUAAUAUCUGUGCUGUUCAGGCAAUACAGAAAUAUUGUAGGAGUGGAAGAAAUUUUGUAAUGUCUAAUAAGUGUAGUGUUAUUAAUAAACUCAUCACACUGAAAAGACCAUAUGGAGGGAAACUAACACUUGUCUUCUAUGACUGUUUCUUGUGAAAAAAAUAUGCCAUGAAGCUCACUUGCACUCAGAUUUUAUAUCUUUUGACACAUGUCAAAGACUGGAAUUAGUUCUUUGACCCACCAGCUAAUAUCAAAUGACAGACAUUAUCAAUCAUAGUUUGUUGCGAUAUCAUAGAGUUUUUGAACUUCUAUCAUUUGGUGUACAGUCACAUUAUUGUAUAAGUCAUGUCAGAGAAAUUAAUCUGACAAAUGCACAGAUGAUAAGAGAAAUGAAUCCAUUUAAUUUAUUAUGGAG